AUGGUGGAGAAGAGGGUUUUGGCUUUGGUCAUGUUUGUUAUGGGUUAUGGUUUGGCCAUAACAAGAUUGAGUGAAGGUCAAAUGCCUGCUACAUGUGAUGAGUAUAAGCAAUUGUUUGCUCCAUGUGUGCCAUAUUUGGUUAGUCAAGAAUUUUCCACUCCAACUCCAAGUUGUUGUGUUGGAGCUGCUCAACAGCUUACAAAAGGAAACAAUCCUGCAGCCUUAAAAAACCUCUGUACUUGUUUGGAUGCCUCUACAGCUAAUUUAGGGUUUCAUUUUCAGAAAUUCAUACAACUCCCAACAGCAUGCAAGAUUAAGCUUUCAUAUUCUAUUGAAAAGUGUGUACAUAGUUAA